AUGAUGGUUACAAAAGGUGCCAUCACGGGAACUUAUGCUUCCAUAUACGCUUACUCACCAGAAUUGUUCCCAACAGUCAUCCGAAACACUGCGAUGGGUUGUUGCAGCACGAUUGCACGUCUAGGUGCGAUUUCGGCCAGCUAUAUAAGUUUAUGGAUUGUCGAAUCUUUCGGAAAAGUCUACAUGAUAGUACCGUUUGCGACGAUGGCAAUACUUGCUGGUUUAUUAACUCUGUUGUUCUUGCCGGAAACUAUGGGUAAAUCGUUGCCAGAAACAAUAGCUCAAAUUGAACAUGGUGAUGAAGGCGAACCGCAAGAAAUGAAGCUUCUUUCGACGAAGGACUCCGAUGAGACACGAAAACCUGAGAGCACUGAGGAAGCGUAG